CUUAACUCCACCACUAACUGCUACUUAUAACCGUCUCAAAUAUGUAUUGCAUGCGUUGGUUCAUCCCUCUACUACUGCUACCUUUUCCGAAUGCACCACCUUUCUUUGUGCUGGUUUUUUUGGUUUCAUACUUUUUACACCAGAGACCAUG